CGAACCAUUAUAUUUGAUACUACUAGGCAGGACACACAGAAAUUGUGGAGCAAAUGAGAAUGGCAGAAACAGAAGAAGAGCAAAACAAGAGCAGACAGCAAGUGGGUAUGGAAGGGGAUAAGCAAUUGCAGAACACAAUCAAAGCAGCUAUUCAGGUGUUAUCUACUCUUACUAAGGAGUUUUCUAAUCCCACCUCGUGGCCCACACAAUCCAUGAAAACCAUAAGUGACCAUGCUGGUGAUUACACUCAUCUUUUUGAAAUGUGUGGUGGAGCUCACUACAAAUCCUCUUUUGCUUCUCUCCUUUCUCUUGUUGCUGCUCUCAAGGCUAAAUCACAUGAGAUGAGCUCACCAACACACUGUUCCGUUUCACCUAUGGACGAAGAUGAUGUUGAGAAGUUGGAAGAGCGUGCUUCUACCCUACGCAAGGAGCUUGCAAACAAGAACGAGUAUCUCAAGGUUCUGAUGGAUCAGCUUCGAGAACUUAUGAAUGAUGUAUCAAGCUGGCAAAGUCAAUGUUCUGAAUGAAGGUUCGAGUGGAAUAAUUGAUUGUCUGUAGAAGUUAUAGGAUUAACCACCUCCUCUGGAUUCUCAGUUGGGGCUGUUGUUAUCCCCCAUUCAAUUACGCUAUUUACUGACGAAACCAGAUCAUAUUCCUCUCUUCUUUUUUUUUUCGCUAAUUGUAACCAGAUCAUAUCUUCUUCGAAUGCAAUAGUAGUUUUCUUUUUAAA